UUUCUUACAUAUGAUAUUAUUUUGCAAAGACUUGGAAUAGCUGUAUUUGAUACACAUAGUCUGUUAGUUUUUUCUAGUCGGGGUAAGUUGAUCACAAUAUGUCCACUGAAAGUCUUAUUAUUUGUAACAAGGAAACAUGCUGGGAACUUUCCAGACAAGUGUUAGGCUAUGCUAUGCAUUCCCAAUAGAUUUAUAAUGACAGUGCUUUCACUGCACUUUGAAUGAAGGCAAAAACGGCUUAUGAUGGCAGAUCUUGACUUUUACAAAACAAAAAUUCUUUGCAAAGUCACUUACAAAUCCCAGUCACUUAUAUAUGAUAUAAUUACAGCUAAUUUCAGUUGUUUUGUACUUCAAUUGUGUUAUUGUUUUGCUUUAGUCUGCAGCAUAAUGCCUGCCUGUGUAAUUACUUGCCUGGCAUGCAUUAGCCUACGUUACUCACUAGUGUUGUGACAGAGUGUGGUUCAGUUCUAUGGAAGACUGCUUUCCACAUAAUACGACCGCGCGAGUCAAGAGUGGGUUGGGUGGGUUGUGAUUGUCCUGUCUGUGCUACAGUACAGUACAUUGGUUAGUUAGCUUGCUACAGUUAGCUGGAUACUGGGCUGAGAAACAUAACAGGGUGAGACAUGAGAUUUCUUAAAAAACAAUAUCCAUCUUAUUAGAUACUAUGUCCAAGAGGGAUAUAGUAUAUCUAUCUUAUUUUAUUACUCUACAUUUGCUUCUCUAUCAGAUUUGAGUUCUUAUCUUUUUCUAGACUAGGGAACAGGCAAAACAAGGUGGGACAUGUGUGGGAAUGAGAUAUUUUAUUCCCUCCAUUUUAUAAACAGUAUCCAUCUUAUUGGACGUUAUAUCCAAGAUAGAUACAGUAUAAUGUACUGUAAAUCAGUCUUAUUUUCUGACUGUUGUUUUAUUGGCUCCUUUAUCAGAUAGAUUGAGUUCUUAUCUGUUUCCACAUAAACCUUUAAACCCAUUCAACCCCAGCCAGGCUAGUUUAGUGUAAGCUUGUUGAGUCAGUCAGAGAAUGUCACUUCCAUUCAAAUGUAGUAGGUCUAUCUAGUACACUGUAAAGGGGUUACUGUGAAUUUGAUAGUAGCUUACAGGCAGCUCGGGGGCAAGUAAAAUUCUAUAUUUCAUAUUACAGUACUCCUACUUUAAUACAAAGACGUAUCAAAGCAAGUGCUAUGUAAUGACACAAGAACAAUACUGUAAAAUGGACUGUAUUAUAUGGUUUUAAAAAAAGAAGUAAAUGCUACUGUAAUCGGAUUGGAUGAAUGAAAUUCAUUGAGGGGAGGGGUUUGUAUUUCACAGUAAUUUACUGUCAAUACAAGGGAUUGGUGCAAGCAGGUUGGCUCCUAAGGUAAAGUGUUUUUAGACAUAACAGUAUAUUAUUUAACAUUUGGUGUUUUAGAUCACUUGCACUUCUAGAGGCCUUAAGAACGGCUUCCAAACUGCAGCGACUACAGGGCAAAACAGACCAAAAGGACAUGAAAACAAUGGUCAAACAUCACUGUUUAAGACUUGCUGCCAUUCCAAUCUGUCCCCUAUACAAAUUGAUGGGGCACUAUAACCACAUAUGCAUUAAAUUGGUACAGCAUUUUCACUCACUGGUGCAACAAAUAUAGCCUCUUACAAGGCACUCCUCAAAAUAUGUCAAUGAGCCAGAAACAACAAUAACAUGCACCCACUAGUGGUCACUGUAUUAUGUGGCGUGGAAUUACAGUACCAUUCAAAAUACAGCAAUUAUUUCCCCGUCCACAACAUUUUCCCACAAUGCAUCAUCAUUUACAGUAUGAUACAGUAUUGUUGAUAAUACCCAACAUUACCAUAUCAUUGGCUGUUUUCCAGUUACAGCGUAGAUCUAAUCUUUACUGUGUGGGGGGUCCCUGUAGUAGUAAUGCUGGGUGGUGAUUGGUUGAAUAGUUCUUGUGUUUCAGAUCGUCAGCUCCUGUUGUAGCAGGUCACCUUAAAGGCCACGUUGCAAACGCAGCGACGGAGCGUCGUUUUCUACGUUGUUCUACGUACUUUUGUGCGGCUCAAAUAUUGGAAUGGACUGUAUACAAUGCUCCGUGGCUCUGUUCGCGUUGGGUCCUUUAGCCCUGUUUAAACAGAGUAAAGAAGAAAACACCUUUAAUCUCUUAACAGUGGAAGCCAGCAGGGAGAACGAGAUCAGGGUUAGAAUGUGCCAGGAUGUCGGAUGAAUGAGACAGUGGCAUAAACAGGCUUAUACCAGCAUGGUGUAGACUAAAGACUCAGCAGUAGAAGGGAUAUGAGACAGUGACACAGUCAGGCUUAUACCAGCAUGGUGUAGACUAAAGACUCAGCAGUAGAAGGGAUAUGAGACAGUGACACAGUCAGGCUUAUACCAGCAUGGUGUAGACUAAAGACUCAGCAGUAGAAGGGAUAUGAGACAGUGACACAGUCAGGCUUAUACCAGCAUAGUGUCGACAUACAGUAAUAGGGUAACAUUAUAGUAACUUCACACACACUGCUAGUACUUAUUACACAAGUUGUUACAGUUCAGCUUUUCUCUCUCUCUUAUCUUUCUUAGGGAAAUAACACUGAAUUGAAACCAUGAAAACUAAAGUGAUCAGUUAGGAGUUUAAGAGAAGAACAACAAAGAUUUGACAUGGUUUUUAUAUCUUCACAUCUCUUCAACAGGUCAACAUGCCUCCCACGACACCGUAUGCUGGCAAGUUCAGUACCAGCACUUAUAACAACAACAUUCAUCUCCACAAAUACCACCAGCCCAUGGAAGUGAGCUACGGGGACAUGUGCUACCAUGACAACAGUCUUGUUUCUGGCUCCCUGGAGGCCCUAAUACAACAUUUAGUUCCCACAGUGGACUACUACCCUGACAGGUCCUACGUCUUCACCUUCCUGCUGAGUUCCCGUCUCUUCCUCCACCCCUACGAACUCAUGUCUCGGCUUUGUCACCUGUGUGUGGAGCAGCAUCGAUCUGGAGACCUGCUGCUUGAUAAGAUCAGAAUACGGGACGUUGCACCAAAGAUCGUGCAGCUGCUGACUGAGUGGACAGAGACGUUUCCCUAUGACUUCAGAGAUGAGAGGAUGAUGCACUGCCUGAAAGAGAUGAGCCAUCAUCUGGCCAGAGGAGAUGAGUACUCAUGGCGGGCCAUGCAGCAGAUGACUCAGCGGUUGAUCCAGAGAUUGGCGGCUCUGGGUCAGUAUGAGGAGGCGAUCGCCACGCUCAACGCCUCCGCAGCAGAGAGACCCACCGCUCUGAAGGCCAAGCAGCAGAACGGACAUCGGCAUGAUGUCCUCAGUGUCUGUGAUGAUGCCUUUAUACUAGCCCAGCAGCUCACACACAUUGAACUGGACAGACUGAGUUUUAUUGGACCAGAGGAGUUCAUCCAAGCCUUUGGUGUGAAAGAUCACCUGGUUAACCAUAAGAGUUUCUUCCGAAAACGCAAGACUACUAACCUGGAGGCCUAUGUAGCUUGGUUUAACAGACUCAGCUACCUGGUGGCUACUGAAAUUUGCAUGCCUGUAAAGAAGAAGCAUAGAGCCCGGGCCUUGGAGUUCUUCAUAGAUGUGGCUAGAGAAUGCUAUAACAUCGGCAACUUCAACUCACUCAUGGCCAUCAUCAGCGGAAUGAACAUGAGUCCUGUGUCCCGACUGAAGAAGACCUGGAGCAAAGUCAACACAGACAAAUUUGACAUACUGGAGCACCAAAUGGACCCUUCCAGUAACUUCAGCAACUACCGUACUGCCCUGCGAGGAGCCACCCAGAGGUCUAUUACAGCACACAGCAACCAGGAGAAAAUAGUCAUUCCAUUCUUCAGCCUUCUCAUCAAGGACAUCUACUUCCUCAAUGAGGGAUGUGCCAACCGACUCCCCAACGGUCACGUGAACUUUGAGAAACUGUGGGACCUGGCGAAGCAGGUCAGUGAGUUCCUGGUGUGGCGUCAGGUGAUGUGUCCCUUUGAGAGAGACAGGAAGAUCCUCCAAUACCUGGUCACUACACCUGUCUUUACCGAGGAUGAGCUGCACUUGGCCUCCUAUGAGACCGAAGGUCCAGAGAACCACCUGGAAAAGGACAGUCGGAGGUCUCUCAGGACAUCCCUACUGCAUAGAGAGCAUCGUUGAGUGACGGUCAUGAGUGUGACACUGGGCGAUCCUCUUUCGCUACGAGAGGCUCACGGUUGACAGGGUCUGGAAGAUUAAGAUUUUCACAAAGGAUGGGGAGAAUAACUGUUUCAAGCACUCAGAUUAAUGAUGCCUCCUAUGGCUGGAGAACUGAAAAUCCUGCCUCUCGCACUGUACAUUAACAGAUGAUUCAUUUGUAACUUGUCUACCCACACAGUAUUACAGUUCUUUUACAGAUGAUUCAUUUGUAUCAUGUCUACCCACACAGUAUGACAGUUAUUUUUUAUACCAAUGGGUCGAAAUGGUUACUGGUGAUUUUCUAAGCUUUUCUGAAGUGGCAUGAGCUUGUUGCUGGUUGGCUUGCUCAGUGUUCUUAAAAUGUCAUCUAUUUUUCUUUUAUGUUUUUGUUCUUAGUAAAUUGUGUGAUUCGUAUGUCAUAAAAUACUUAAAUAUUUGUGCUGAACAUAAAAAAAAUGCUCAUCUUUGGUGAAAGGAAUAUGACCCAAUAGCCUGUGAAUAGUUAACUCUGUUUUUAAAUGUUUUUGUAUCAUCAUGUGUUUGUUUACCUUACAGAAAUGACUUUUUAUAAAUAUUUUAUUUUUAUGUAUUCUCAUCUUUUUUUAACGAUUUGGUUUUGUGUAUAUUUUGUUUGCCCCCCCCCGCCAUGUGUUACUUAUCAGGGUACUCUAUAUGAAGUUCUUAUGAAAUAAUAGGUAUAUUUUUCUUUCAAAAUAAAAUAGAAAAAUUGAA